GCAAAUCUGGUGCAGAAGAAGAAAACCCUAAAAUUCUUCCAAAAUUUCUCUAUAUACAAAAUCUUCUUCUGACAAAUUAUUUUCCCCAGAUUUCACUAUCUUCAAAUUAAAUUUCCCAAUAAGAACUCCAAAAAUUCCAACCCAAAUCUUUAUAGAAUUGAAUUAGCUUCGAAAUUCCUCAAAAAUCUGCUUUUUUUUUUUUGGUUUGGUUUGGUUUGGUUUGGUUCAAUUCAUUUAGAUUGACGAUUCUUUUGUGUGUUUGUGCACAAUACAAAUCAUAAACAGGAAUUAGGUUUGACAUUGUUAUAAUUAUUAUAAUCGUAGUGAAAGCUUUGAAAUUUGAUUAAUUGAGGUUGGAAUUAUGCCGGUUCCAACGAUAGCUCUGUACGCUAGUCCACCGAGCAGCGUGUGCUCCGCGCCUUACGAUUUUGAUUUCAAUGGUCGGUCAACGUCGUCAGCAUCGGCUUCAGCGUCGCCUUCGCAGAAACCUGUCAUCGGCGGGCUAUCGGCCUUGCUUUCUUCGCCAUCAGUGAAAUCCUCGAGUUAUUCAAGUGGAUCCGAAGAAUCAGGGUCGUUAUGGCACGAAAGAAACGAAGAAUUGGGGUCAUCUUUUCGGUACUCGUCCUUCAAGCGAGAUCAGGGCCAUCAGAGCCCGGUUUCUGUGCUCCACCGCCCAAGUAGUUCGAUUGGGUCGAGCUCCAGAAGUCCACCGGUGAGACCUAUUGCUGGAGAUUUGAGAAUUUCAGGGGAUAUAAAUUCAAUACGGUCAGGGAGUGGAGGAUUGUUCAAUGGGUUUGUCAGGCACUCCAUGGGUUCAUUUGUCGAAUAUGAUUCUUCACCGGGUUUGCAAGUGAAUGGUUUCAAUCCGUCCCCUUCAUCGGCUGUGUUCGGUGAUGAGCUUACGUUUAACAUGGAAGAUAAUUUCUCGGAGUUGGAAAUGCCCCAUUAUGCAAGAGACUUGCUUUCAGAAGCGCAAUCUAGGCAUUUAAUUUUCCGGGAUGAUUUUGUCAUCAAAGCUUUUGAUGAAGCUGAAAAAGCCCAUAGAGGCCAGAUGCGGGCAAGUGGGCAUCCUUAUUUGCAGCACUGUGUGGAGACCGCCGUUUUUCUGGCAACUAUUGGGGCUAGUGCUACAGUUGUUGCCGCAGGGCUUUUGCAUGACACUGUUGACGAUUCUUCUGUGUCUUAUGACUAUAUUUUCAAGAAGUUUGGAGCUGGGGUUUCUGAGUUGGUAGAAGGGGUGUCUAAAUUGAGCCAUUUGAGCAAGCUUGCACGCGAGAAUAACACAGCCAGUAGAACUGUUGAGGCAGACCGAUUACAUACCAUGUUCCUUGCAAUGGCAGAUGCUAGGGCUGUUCUCAUCAAACUGGCGGAUCGAUUGCACAACAUGAUGACUUUGGAUGCACUACCUAUAAUCAAGCAACAGAGAUUUGCAAAGGAAACGUUGGAAAUUUUUGCUCCAUUAGCUAACCGAUUAGGGAUCUCUACUUGGAAAGAGCAACUUGAAAAUCUCUGUUUUAGGUAUCUCAAUCCAGAUCAGCACCAAGAAUUGUCAUCCAAACUUGUGAAGUCCUUUGAUGAGGCUAAGAUUUCUUGUGCUGUAGAUAAACUAGAGCAGGCUCUGAAGGAUGGCGCCAUUUCUUAUCACUGUUUGUCUGGACGCCAUAAGAGCUUGUAUAGCAUCUAUUCUAAGAUGUUGAAAAAGAAGCUGAAUAUGGAUGAAAUUCAUGAUAUCCAUGGUUUGAGAUUGAUUGUCGAAACUGAGGAUGAUUGUUAUAAGGCUUUGAGAAUUGUUCACAAGCUAUGGGGUGAAAUACCUGGGAGGUUCAAGGAUUACAUAGUUUAUCCCAAGUUUAAUGGGUACCGAUCUCUUCAUACAGUAGUGAUAGGUGAGGGUAUGGUUCCACUUGAAGUUCAAAUUCGAACAAAAGAGAUGCAUUUGCAAGCUGAGUAUGGAUUUGCUGCUCAUUGGAGAUACAAGGAAGGUGAUUGUGAACAUUCCUCUUUUGUGCUUCAGAUGGUUGAAUGGGCGCGUUGGGUUGUCACCUGGCAGUGUGAGGCUAUGAGCAAAGACAGGUCAUCCAUUAGCUUUGUUGACUCCAUGAAGCUGCCUUGCACAUUCCCUUCUCAUUCUGUGGAUUGCCCAUUUUCUUGCAAACCACAUUGUGGCUCAGAUGGACCUGUCUUUGUUAUCAUGAUUGAGAAUGAUAAGAUGUCCGUGCAGGAGCUCCCAGCAAAUUCAUCUGUUACGGAUCUGUUGGAAAGAACAGGUCGAGGCAGUUAUAGAUGGACUCCCUAUGGAUUUCCUCUGAAGGAAGAGUUGAGGCCGCGGCUGAACCAUGAACCAGUUAGUGAUCCCACCUGCAAGCUAAAAAUGGGUGAUGUGGUGGAAUUAACUCCGGCCAUCCCAGACAAGUCACUGACAGAAUACCGGGAGGAGAUUCAACGUAUGUAUGAUAGGGGCCUUAACAUAUCAAGCGCAGUGCCUGCUGCCAACACCAUGGCUAGGUUAAGUAGUUGACCCCUUUGGCUCCCCUGAUUGUAUUAUGCGAUUGAUACAAAAUCACGACUAGUUAUUCUGUAGAUAAACGAUAACGAUCUGUAAAGAACACCUUAUUGUUUGUUUAUGAAGGUAAACGAUCUUCUGAAA